GAGAAGAUGGGUUGCAAAGGUCUCAUUGGUAUUGGACAGCAAUUGUUCCGUCGGAAAGUUGUGGACUGCACAAGAGAAGACAGCCGUCUGUCACGAUGCCUCAACACAUUUGACUUGGUUGCUCUUGGUGUGGGCAGCACGCUUGGGGCAGGAGUUUAUGUGCUUGCUGGGGCAGUAGCCCGAGAAAAUGCAGGACCCGCCAUUGUGAUCUCAUUCUUGAUUGCUGCUCUGGCAUCUGUGCUGGCUGGACUUUGCUAUGGGGAAUUUGGUGCUCGAGUUCCAAAGACUGGAUCAGCUUAUCUGUACAGCUAUGUCACUGUGGGUGAGCUGUUGGCAUUCAUCACUGGAUGGAAUCUCAUUCUUUCCUAUGUCAUUGGUACGUCAAGCGUGGCCAGAGCAUGGAGUGCAACAUUUGAUGAACUUAUAGGCAAACAUCUUGAGACUUUCUUUCGUAACCACAUGUCUAUGAACGCUCCUGGAGUGCUAGCAGACUAUCCAGACAUCUUUUCUGUUUUCAUUAUCUUAAUCUUAACAGGACUUUUAACUUUUGGAGUUAAAGAAUCUGCAAUGGUUAACAAAGUGUUCACUUGCAUCAACGUUCUUGUCUUGGGCUUCGUGAUGGUGUCUGGAUUUGUGAAGGGGUCAGUAAAAAAUUGGCAACUCCCAGGUGACAAUGUGAAUAAUACAACAAAUGCUUCACAUGCAUACAAUGCCACUGAGGAGGAAAUCCCACAUGGUGCUGGUGGAUUCAUGCCCUAUGGUUUCUCUGGAGUACUAUCAGGGGCAGCUACCUGUUUUUAUGCAUUUGUAGGAUUUGACUGCAUUGCUACCACAGGAGAGGAAGUCAAGAACCCCCAGAAAGCAAUUCCAAUAGGAAUUGUGGCCUCACUUCUGAUCUGCUUUGUUGCGUACUUUGGUGUGUCAGCUGCUCUCACCCUCAUGAUGCCUUACUACCUACUAGACACGAACAGCCCUUUACCUAAUGCUUUUAAGUAUGUAAAAUGGGAAGGUGCAAACUAUGCAGUGGCUGUUGGCUCGCUGUGUGCUCUUUCUACCAGCCUGCUUGGAUCCAUGUUUCCAAUGCCUCGAGUCAUUUAUGCCAUGGCAGAAGAUGGACUCCUGUUCAAGUAUUUGGCUCGGGUCAAUGAGAGGACAAAAACUCCAAUGAUUGCUACAAUAAUUUCAGGAGCCGUGGCAGCUGUUAUGGCCUUUCUUUUUGACCUGAAAAGUCUCGUAGAUCUUAUGUCCAUUGGGACACUCCUGGCUUACUCCUUGGUGGCUGCCUGCGUAUUGGUACUGAGGUACCAACCUGAGCAGCCCAACUUGGCAUACCAGAUGGCCAGCACAACAGAUGAGGCAGACAACAAUGAGUCUGUGAGCACCAGUGAAUCCCAGGCUGGGUUUCUACCAGAGGAAGAAGAGAAGUGCUCCCUAAAAGCUGUUCUGUUCCCCCAGAACUCUGAUCCAUCCAAACUCUCUGGGUUUAUAGUGAAUGUUUCUUCCUGUAUCAUAGGUUUCCUUAUCGUCACCUUCUGCAGCUUGACUGUCCUUGGCAAAGAGGCUCUGAUGAAGGGGACCAUAUGGACUAUUAGCUUGCUUGUUAUAGUUUUCCUCCUCUGCUUUGUUGUCACUGUGGUUAUUUGGAGGCAACCUGAAAGCAAAACCAAGCUCUCAUUCAAGGUCCCCUUUCUGCCUGUCCUUCCAAUCCUGAGCAUCUUUGUAAAUAUUUAUCUCAUGGUACAGCUGGACACUAGCACUUGGAUACGGUUUGCUAUCUGGAUGGCAUUAGGUUUUGUUAUUUAUUUUGGCUAUGGCAUAUGGCACAGUGUGGAGGCCUCGUACUCAGCACCAACAGAUGCGGAAAGAAGUACAGACAACAACACGGACACAUGCAAAUGAUCGACAGCAUGUUACAUAAAAACAAAGACUGAGCAUCAUUGAUGGCAAAGAGGAAUACCUUUUUCUCUCAGACCCUGAAGUAUUUUAUUAUGUGGAACAUCAGGUGGGUCUCUGUGUCCCACUAGCACCUCUUGCAGCUACUUUUUACCUUGAUGGUGCAGCUAUAAGGGAUCACAAGGAAAAACCCCCAAACUUCUGGCAUACUCCCAAGCAGCACUGUGGCCCAGUGUUGGCAGCUUUCUUUCAUCCCUUCUUUCUCUCUCCCCUCCCUCUUUUGGUUUUAACUGUAUGGCAAGAAAACCGCUCUUCUGUAUGCCAGUUCACUUCUAAUGCUGCUGUGAGACCAAGCCUGCGAAUUAACGCUUUAAGAUACCAUACUUGGAUUUAAACGGAGCAGACUCUGCAUCAUCUGCCAAGAUACACAUGUUGGACCACCACAAACGAGGGGGCCAUGCCUAAACAAAGACAUAAAUAAUAACUUCCUGUAUGGUAUGAUAGUACCCCUAAAUUGACCUGGUUGAAACAAACACUGGGUGGUGUUAUUUAAUCACUGUACUUGACCUUUUUGUGUGUGCAGGUGGUAAUUCCUGUGCUUUGGAAUGCAAUGUUGUUGUAGCCAUCUUUCGGGUAGUUGCUUGCAGGCUGAAUUCUUGUUCUUGUGAUACAAACAGUUGUCUGGCAAAUAGCAGAUCCUGCUGCUUGUGAGAAAAGCUUCUAGCUUAAGAUAUAAUGGUAUGUAGAAUACGUGGUUCCUUGUUCAUCUCCUACCCAUCAGUUGCUUGAAUCAGCAAAAUUUCAGAGUAAAUUUGUAUGAUUACCAUGGGGUGGGGUAUUAGUCUCAUACUGUAUAAAACACUGGUCUGUAGUAAAUGCUUCCCAGUUCUUUUGUUUCUUCCUGUCACCUUGUCAGGUAGGCCAUUGAAGCUGAGAGAAAAGGACUGCAUUCAGUUAUCUAGUGAGUUCACAGUUGAGGGUAGGAUUUGAAUCUGAUUUUUGCCACAUGCAGCUCCCAUGUCUCUCAGAUGGAGUUGCAUGUUUGCAUAAUUAAAAGUUUGUGGGGAAGGGUUAUGCUGAACUUGGCUUUCUCUGACAUGGAGUAGGAACCAGGAUUCAUUUAUUGCCCAUCUAGACAAUUUAAGACAAGCACAUGGUCCUGUAAACAGAAAUAUUGUGGCUGCUGCCCCCAUCCUGAGGUGUGGGGCAGAGGUGCAGUACUAACAGCAAAGAGUUUUUAUUUGCAGCUAGACACCUGAGUCUGAGGCACAAAUGCAUGUGAGUUUACUACACAUUAUUAGACUGGGGUGGCUGCUGCUACAUUCACUGGGCAGUUUUUGGAUUGUCAGUGAAAUGGUAUUUCCUUUUGGUAAACAUCUUUCAUCAGGGUGGCUUUAGAGUCCAUCUCAGUUGUGCUAUACUUUUUGUAGACUCAUUCUCCUGGAACAUACAUGUACUUGAAUAGAAGUGAGGGGUCCUUGGAGGCAGCAGAAGCUUGGGGUGCAGCAGAAGCUUGGGGGGAGUCUUGGGGGGAGACGGUGGGGGGAUUAUGGAAGUUUGUUAAAUGUAUCUAUGCACAGACAGGGUUGCCUCUUUGUAAAAAUGCAGAUUUCCAAAGGAAAAGAAAUUCAGAUUCAUGCAGAUUCUUUAUGUAAAAUUCUUUUGCUAAAUUAUGUUUGUGAAUCUGUGGUUUUUCCUCUUGUGUUGUUGGUUUUUUUGGAAACCUGAAAUUUAUUUUUUAUUUUUUGUUUUGUAUUUAUGUUUAGUUUCUUUAUAUAUUAUAGGAGGCAUAUUGUUUGGAAAAGAGUGGCUCUUAGAAAAAAGGGAAACCUUGUUUGGAGAGGGGGUUAAUUUCUUCCUGUGUUUGAGGAAGUUCAGAGGAAAACUUUUCCUUGUGGCAUCCAAAGUCUGUUGGUUGAUCUUUCAUUUGGCACUUUAAACGCUAAAUUGGCACACCUCUCUCUUCCUGGCAGCAACUUUGCUAUAGCUCAUAAAGUAGAGCAGUAUGGGAAUGGUUUAAAAGCACAGAGAAGAAUUGAAUGCUCAGUAAAGGAAAAGUUUCUGUUCAUUAGGGGAACAUGGGGGGCAAAUGAAAGUCCAUAUGCAGGCCAAGUGUGGAUAAGGUUUUGCUAGUGAAGGGCUGGGUUGUGGCUUGAAGUACUUUGGAUUUUAUUCACAAAUAAAUUGAUUCUUCCCUGCA